AAACAUUUCAUUCACAAACAUUUGAUAGUGUAACGCGCGAAGGCGACCAAGUCUUAGUAUGUUAGUUCGGUAAAAGUAGGAAAAUCGAAAACACUGAGAUAUUUAGAGAAGAAACAAAGUCGAUAGUGAAAAGAAAAACACCUUAAACAAUUGUAUCUUCUUUCCGCUUUUCAAAGGAUUAAUUUUUUCGGGAGCUUUUCUUUUAUUACAUUUGAAGAAAAGCUGAAAAGCAGCCUUUGCUUUUGGGAGUUGACCGAAAGCAAACCCAUCGAGCGUGAGUUUACGGUCGGUCGACGGAGGAGGCACGACUUGAUUCAAAAUGGUUGACAGACUGGAUAUCCCAAAUAUAUACAGAAGUGUUAACAGUGACUCCAAUCACAAGCGAAUUGCAUACGUAGAGCAAUGCUUUGGUGCAUCAGGGGAAAAGCUCACACGCCCUGGACGGGUUCUCGUAGGAGAAGGUGUUUUAACAAAAAUGUGUCGUAAAAAACCAAAACCACGGCAGUUUUUCCUCUUUAACGAUAUACUUGUAUAUGGUAACAUAAUAAUCAGCAAGAAGAGGUACAAUAAACAGCACAUAAUUCCAUUGGACGAUGUCAAAUUAGAAGAUAUUGAAGAUGACAAAAACUUAAGAAACGGCUGGAAAAUACUAAGUCCGAUGAAGUCAUUUAUUGUCUAUGCUGCCACUUCGAGUGAAAAAUCAGAGUGGAUGGCCCAUAUCCGCAAAUGUGUUUCAUAUUUAAUCAAGAAAAGAGGAAUUGAGCAAAAACCAGAUCUGAACUGCCCAGUUUGGGUGCCAGAUUCAGAUGCAUCUGAAUGUAUGCUUUGUAAAAAAUCCGUUUUCUCUGUUAUUAACAGACGGCAUCACUGUCGGAAAUGUGGCAUCGUAGUAUGUAACCCAUGCUCCAGCAGUAAGCUUCUUCUCCCACAGCAAUCAUCAAAACCUCAGAGGGUGUGCAACAACUGUUACCAAGCAUGUGAAAAUAACAGUUCAGCUGCUACUUCACCGACUGACAUUUAUUGCCCAACAAAUGAUGAUGGAGAUUCAUCUGCUGAUGACUCAUCAGAUGACGACAACGAUGAUGAAGAUGAGAAAAACACUUUCUUGGACAGUGCUAUCAAUGCAAAUUACCACGAUCAACAGGUACAGUUUUAUGAACAGGAAGCAAUGUAAAUGGCACCGGCACCAGUUGAAUCACAAUAUUCAUUGACUGAUGAUAUGCAACAAUAACAAUAAAGUGUAACAGUUUGCUAUUUUAUAAAUCAGAACCCAACAACUGAAUUUUGUACAGUUUACUUCUGUGACAUCAACUUUAUCAAUCAAUUGGAAAGGGAGUUUCUUUAAGAAAAAAAAAAAAAAAAACUUUUUAAAAAUGGAAUAAAAAUGAAAAACAAACAAAAAAGGUAACAGCAGAGAUGAUCUUUAUAUUGUUAUUCUUAAA